AUGCUCGAACUAUCUGCGCUCAACCAUUUGGAUGAUCUCAUCCAAUUAUUUAUUACUCAGUAUCAUUCACUCAAGAUAAAAACAAGAAUGUCGAAGGGCCUUUGGGAUUUGAUUCAAGUCGCUCUUGGCAGUCUUAACGACAAACCCGAACUACGAUCUGAGCUUGAGCUUCUGCUCAAACCUGGAAACGGGUCUUCGGGCUCCUCACAUCAGUCCCCUCAGGAAGUUAUCACACUCUCGCCGAUGUCGGAAUCCAAUUCUUUGGAGACCCCUAAGAGUAGUGUAAACGGUGAAAUUGAGAUGGCAAUAAUGACCAAAUUAGGUAUCCAGCUUGACGAAGUAAUCAGCGCUGCAAGUUUGCCUCGAUAUUUCAACUCCGCUUCUACUUUAUUAUUAGAAUCUUGCAAGAGACAAAAUACUGACGACUCUGAGCUACGGAUGUCUGUCAGGGUAUUGCAACAGUUGAGAGAUGUGGAUCUACACGUUUUUGAUGAUAUUUUCACCACCUGGUUGCGAGAUCAAGUCGAACCCGCUCUCCUGUAUAAUAUGAAUGCGUUCACCAAAUUGCUCAUAUUCUGUGUUAUAUACGAGUGCGUGUCAAUGGAGAAGAUUGCGGAUAUUUUUAUGCAACUCAAGAGCGUGCGACUGCCAGGAUCAACGGUAAACUCGAAGCUUAUGAUGACAGUUAUUUCUUCUCAAGAUUUAUCAUCACUUUCCUUGAAACCUAGUGAAGAUCUCUUACUGGAAGUUCAUCGCCGUAGUUUCGAAAGGUCCAAUCCCAGCAUUUAUCUCAGGUAUAUUGUGGAGGAAAUCAUAAAUUCGCCUACCAGUGAAACAUAUGAUGAGUGGUCAACAGCUGUUACUGAUUUUCUUGUGUGGCUAUCUACCAAUGACUUUGACUUGUUCAUGUCAGGAUUUGUAGACCCGAUUGUUGAAAAGCGAGACCCUGCAAUUCUCUCGUUCUUGCGAAAUAUUGUUAAUAAGCUUUUGAAUUUUGUUCCUCAAUCAACAGAUAAUCAUACCGAUGAGCAACCUUCUGAGUUAAGCAAUCAAGACGCCUCCGAUUCUGUUGAGAAUCGAUAUGAACACGAUAUCUUGAACAUUGUUACUAUUUGUAACGACUUCAAUGUUGCUCUCUGUCAAGUUCAAGCCAAGGUAACCUUGGAACUCUUACGUUUAGAGGAUGUGGAAAGCCGAUCAGAAUCAGAAAUCUCGCCACAGUUUAUUGAGACUGCGAGCCGACUAUUUUUAUCUUGUGCUUGUAAAGGCAUUAAUUUACGAGUGCCAAAAACAGUAUUUGGUGAUCUGAUUGUUCACUUGCAUAAAGCAAUCAAAGGAGAGGUAUUGUACCAGUGCGAAGUCAAAUUUCUGAAGUCUAGUCAGUUCCCUAUAGUACAAAAUGAUGCCGCUGAAGGAAAAAAGAACAUUGUAGGGGUGCUAUUGGAAAUUGUCGAUUCGGUGUCGGAUUCAUGCACCAAAGACAUUUGUUCCUCACAUAUUUUUGAUAUCGAAAAGUGUUUGGAAAAACUAGUUUCUGUGUGCGAAGAGAGUGAAGUGGAAGGUACUGCUAUGAAAGUAGUUGAUGUAACUCCACCUGCAGCGGUACCGGUACCGCCAUUGGACCGUUCGGCUAGUAAAUCUGAAGGUUCUCUUGGUAGUGAUGGCAUGGCUGUCGACGGUGGGGAGGUUGUUCCUAAUACUGAACUGGAUGGUGAAACACCUGUUGCACCUGCAACUUCAGCCACAAUACCUUCUACUGCAAGCCCGGAAGUGGUUCAUUAUUCUAAAUCAGACAUUCACGAUGCUGUAAUUUUGUUUGUCAAAAUUUUGAUGAUUCAUUUUCAUAAUACAUCGAAUCAGUCUCAACAGGGCAAUCUCCUCCGUGAUAAAAUCAUUCAUGGAUUUUCUGUCUUGCACGACACUUCGGUAAUUAAGAGCUUACCUGAUCUUUCUGGAUUACUUUUAGAUGCACUUAAUGCCAUUCGUGAGGACUUUUCGACCAACAUUAGGCCACAACCAAGGUCUGGAACGGCAGCAUUGUCCCCACUAGCUAGUCGAAUUUCGCAAGCGGGUUCGUCGAUAGCAACGCCAUCUGGCCAGCCAUCAUUAUAUAGCAAUGUUGUCACAGGUGCAUCGGCAGCAAAUCCGAUGUCGAGUCCAGGUUCAAGGUUCUAUCUGUCGGAUUUGGUCGUUUUUGACAAAGCAUCGGAAACUUACUCCGAACUGAAGGUUCGCUCGUUCGAUCUUUUGGAAGAAGGUAACCCUGUUAUGUCUGUCAAUGAUGCACCACUCAAUCUUGCAAUGUUUGAUAGCGCGACAGAGAGAAACAACCCUGCAUGA